UUUUAUUUCUGGGAUUCUGGGCUUGCCUUCUGUUCUACGCGCUGACUUGUCGCCAUCAUCGCGCCCUGGACGUCGACUACCACGCCUUUUCUUUCUCCGGCGAGGCGAGUAACUCCGGCGACAUAUCCCUAGUGCCAGGACGUCUAGUCUGUGACUAGGCGACGCCGUGACAAUCAUGCUUUCAGGCUUUUACCCUUUGAACAGACGGCGCCGACCCUGUUUUAAUAUAAUUGUUUAUCUAUUUUAACAUAUUUAUAAUUGUUUAGUUAUAAGAUAAAUAAUACCAACAGUUCUCGCAGAAGUCCAGGUCCUUCUUCCUUCCCCUGAACUGCUAUACGCGAGGCGACGAGUCUCAGGAGAUUCCAAUAUGCAAGACUGCUACUCCACUGUGUGAGAAACCGUUAGAGCAAUUUCAUUUCUCCAAAAAGCCUUUAUUGGAUGUUGAGCACAGAGGAUGAUAGUUCAAACAUUGUCACCAUCCAAGCUCAGGAAGCUCUUACGCCCUCUUUGUUCCUCUUUCUAUUCUUCUCCAAAACCUGUAGCUAACUGCAUCCCAGAAUUUCAAAUAACCCAACCUAUUUAUUCCCAAAAAUCAACCGAAAAAAUAUUCCCACCCUUCUUCUUUAGAGGCUUCUCUGCACAGUCUUCCUCAGUUUCGCUCCUCAGCAGAGACGGAAACUACAAUGAGGCCACUUCAGAAAUCAUCGUUAUCUGCCCUGGCUGUGGUGUUAGAAUGCAGGACAGUGACCCUAGGCAACCUGGUUACUUCAUCAAUCCAUCAACUAAACCCCUCAAUUAUAAGACACCUAUUGACAGAAAUCCGAUACUUGAUGAGGCAGAGAUCUCGAGUUCCCUCAAGAAAGGGUUUUUAAAUGAGCCAGUAGAGGCAGAAGAUGAAGAAAGUGUUGAACUAAAUUUGAAUUUAAAGUCCCCUGAGAAGCCGGUGGUUUGUGCUAGGUGCCAUAGCCUGAGACACUAUGGGAAGGUAAAAGACCAGAGUGUUGAGAACUUGUUGCCGGAUUUUGAUUUUGACCACACGGUCGGGAGGAGGUUGGUGUCAGCGAGUGGGACAAGAGCUGUGGUGCUUAUGGUGGUGGAUGGAUCAGAUUUUGACGGGUCAUUUCCAAGGACAGUGGCAAAGCUGGUUUCAAAGACAAUAGAUGAGAACUCUCGGGCAUGGAAAGAGGGGAAAUCUGGGAAUGUGCCUAGGAUUGUGCUAGUAGUGACCAAGAUCGACCUUUUACCUAGCUCCGUAUCACCUACUGGGCUUGAACAUUGGGUUAGAACAAGGGCUAGAUAUGGUGGUGCGACCAAGUUGACUAGUGUACAUUUGGUGAGUGCUGUCAAGAACUGGGGAGUAAAGAAUUUGGUAAACGAUGUGGUAGCAUUGGCUGGUACAAGAGGGCAUGUGUGGGCAGUGGGUGCACAGAAUGCCGGGAAGAGCACACUGAUUAAUGCUAUAGGGAAGUGUGUGGGUGGGAAGGUGACUCAUUUGACCGAGGCACCUGUUCCUGGAACCACUUUGGGGAUACUGAGAGUGGAAGGGGUACUCCCAAAGAAUGCCAAAUUGUUUGACACUCCAGGCCUGCUUCAUCCUCAUCAGAUUUCAACAAGGUUGACUAGGGAGGAGCAAAAGCUUGUUCAUAUGAGCAAGGAGUUAAAGCCUAGGACAUAUAGGAUCAAGGUAGGACAUUCAGUUCAUAUUGGUGGGCUCAUGAGGCUCGAUGUAGAUGAGUUGUCAGUGGAUUCUGUAUACAUUACAGUCUGGGCAUCUCCUCUAAUUCCACUUCAUAUGGGAAAGACAGAAAAUGCCAGCACCAUGUUUGAAGAACAUUUUGGCAAUCAGUUACAGCCGCCAAUUGGAAGAGACCGUGUUGCCAAGCUGGGUGAGUGGGUGAAAAAGGAAUUCAAUGUGAGUGGCAAUGCAUGGGAUUCUAGCUCUGUGGAUGUAGCUGCCUCUGGUCUUGGUUGGUUUGCCAUUGGACUUAAAGGAGAAGCUCGGUUAGGUGUUUGGACGUAUGAUGGCAUUGAUGUUGUUGUUCGCAACUCUUUACUUCCCUUCAGAUCAUGUGAUUUUGAAGUAGCGGGGUUUUCAGUUUCCAAAAUUGUCUCAUGUGCCGAUCGCACUAAAAAUAAGAAAAACUCGGAUGAGAAGAAGCGGAAGAUGAGAGAGCCAAUAGCUGAACCGGUUGCUCUGUCAUCAACAGUUGUUACAGUUGAUGCAGAACAUCCCCCUUCCACUGAACUUCCAGGAGGUGGUAAUAAUGUGAGAGAGAUAUGAUCAUCCUAACCCUCUUCUAGUUGAGUCUGCCAUGCUUUUUCUAAAAAAUGGUAGUGUACACUAUAGGAAGAGCACGCUUUGCAAUUUUGGAACACGCUAUUUAUUGGGUUAGAUUCCUUUUAGCAACUUAUAUGUUGAUGCUUUCAUUGCUUGUAUUGUUUGAAUUUAGUUUCUUUUCAUACUUAUGCUAUGAUGCUUUUAAUAAUGUUUACUAAUAUAUAAUUAAAUAUAAUUACAGUCAAA